AUGUUCUAUUCGAAAGAUGGUGAGUUUUUUCUUUGUCUUACAUAGGAACCAAGUUCUUUUGUAUUACACAAAAUUAGUACUGUCUUGACAUUUUGUGGUUUUUGCAAUUUUUUGGAAAAAAUCAUGAUAGCGACGCUCAAAUUGACAUGACCGAUGGAUUAUGCGUGAUCGAUUACAUAAUGUCACUGUCACUAACAAAAAAAAAGAGACUGGUGCCUUUAAAUGCAACCUAUGUUAAUUUCAGAUUUGAAUCGUGUGUGUACUCGCUGCCAGCAAAACUAUACAGUCGAAGAAGACGGUCAUCAGAUUCGAGCGGAAGUGGCCAUUUGCGAAAGUAAAAGCGGAAACUACAAUUUCCACAUUACCGAUCAAACGCCCGAACAGAAGCUCAAAUCGUUCGUCAUGGCCCCGAAAGUUUCGAUUGAGAAUCAGCAUUUGAGCAAUCAAAUGUUCGCCCUCGAUGUCGAAAUGGUGUACACGAGUCGAGGUCAAGAAGUCGGGAGAAUAACGAUGCUCAGUCAAGAUGGACAGCCCAUUCUCGACACUCUUGUGAAGCCCGAAGAUCCCGUAUUCGAUCCGGUAACACAGUUCUCCGGAUUGACAAUGGAAGACAUGCUGCAGGCAACGGUUUCCCUGGACGAAGCACGUGGCAUACUCUUAAGUUUUCUGAACGAGAAGAGCAUUUUGGUGGGUCACGGACUUAACGGUGAUCUCAAAGCGCUUGGUAUUGUCCACUCCAGGGUGAUAGACACAUCUAUUCUGUACAUCUACAAUAA